UUCCAGAACGACAGCUGUCACCACGGAUCCGGGAAAGGUGUACGUGUCUCUCGGCGCAGCGGCACUGUUGUGUGCGUGCACUUUUAUUUUCCCCCGAAAGCAGAAUCGGAACCGCCGUCGAGGCGUUUGGAAAAUAGUGUGUGUUUUCCCCGGGCGCCUUUCGCUGCCACUUCCUUUUUCCACGCGCUGCCCUGACGUGUCCGCCGGCGCUUCCGGUGCAGUGAAACCCAUUUUUGCUUGCGGUCCGGGACUUCUCCGCCCUGCUGUGACCAGCGCUUGCCGUAGUGGCAUCUUCUUCCCCCCCUUACUCUCCCCCCCUCCUCCUGCACCGUUUGCAUGUGAUUGGAUUGUUAUUUUGGAUGAGCCGGGUGAACUUUCCAGCGCCCGAGAAGAGAAAUUGACCCCAUCGCUACAAGGGACCGUGUGGCUGUCUUUUUCUGUUUUUCCCGACCGUAUUCCGCGGCCUGUUUCGUUUGUGGACCGCUUCCGGAAGGGAGCGAGAGAGAACAAAACCAGUCGGUGGGAAAUCAGGCUACAGUAUUGUCAUCACUUUUCCACCCUAGCAUCAUUCCUUCCCAGUGCACCCUUCGCCCCAGAUAGCCGGGUGUGUGUAUGUGUGUGUGUGUGUAUACCGAAUUCCUGUAUAGUUCCGCAGCCCCUUGGACGCAUUGGGAAAUAACAAAACAUCAAAAGCAACAUGGCUACCAGUGUAAAAUUAGUGCUAUUUAAUUAUUUAAUGGUUGUCGUCAUGUUCUACAACCCGUCGAACAGUGGAGCCGUUCAGCUGAACAGUGAAAACAUCGACAUGACCCUCGCAUCCAAUGAGCUAGUUUUGAUCAACUUCUAUGCCGACUGGUGUCGGUUCAGCAACAUCCUACAGCCAAUCUUCGAUGAAGCGGCAGAAAAGGUCCAGGCAGCAUUCCCCGAUCCGGGCAAGGUGGUGAUGGGCAAGGUGGACUGUGACCGCGAGUCGUCCGUCGCGUCCCGCUUUCAUAUCACCAAAUAUCCCACGCUGAAGGUGCUGCGCAACGGGCAGCCAACCAAGCGCGAGUAUCGCGGGGCACGCACGGUCGAGGCGUUCACCGAGUUCAUCAAGAAGCAGCUCGAGGACCCGAUCCGGGAGUUCCAGAACAUCAAGGAUCUGGAGCAGCUCGACUCGAAGAAGCGAAUCGUGGUCGGAUACUUUGACCGGCGCGACAUGCCCGAAUACAACACGUUCCGGCGCGUCGCCACCAACCUGAAGGAGGACUGCCAGUUCCACGUGGGCUUCGGCGACGUGGUGCAAGCGCUGCAUCCCCCAGGAUAUUCAACAAGCCAUCCCAUCAUCGUGUUCCGGCCGGACGUGGCCGUGUCGAACGAAAACGACGAAACGUACAUGGGCGAUCUGAAAAGCUUCGACGAGCUGAACAUCUGGGUGCAGGAGAAGUGUGUGCCGCUGGUGCGCGAAAUCACGUUCGAAAACGCGGAAGAGCUGACCGAGGAGGGGCUGCCGUUCCUGAUUUUGUUCUACGCGCCGGGCGACCUUGAGUCCAUCAAGGACUACAAAGCAAUCGUGCAGAUGGAUCUCAUCUCGGAGAAGCAGAACGUAAACUUCCUCACCGCCGACGGUAAGCGGUUUGCGCAUCCGCUGCACCAUCUCGGCAAGACGCAGGCAGAUCUGCCACUGAUUGCGAUAGACUCCUUCCGCCACAUGUACCUGUUCCCGAACUUUAAGGACAUUUACGUGCCCGGCAAGCUGAAACAAUUCCUGAACGAUCUGUACAGCGGCAAACUGCACCGUGAGUUCCAUUACGGUCCAGAAAAGGACACGGCUGCUGAUUCAAACGCGAUUGAGGACAGCAAAAACCCUACGACGCCCCCGGAAUCGACGUUUAAAAAGCUUGGCCCGUCGAAAAACCGAUACACCUUGCUGCGCGACGAACUUUAAGAGCGGACGGAACCAGCACCGGCCGACCCCACGGCCCGCGCGUCGACAGUGUGGCAGCGCUGUGCCGCAACGGGCCGUAAACCAACCAUUUCCAGACCAGCAUACCGUACAGCAGCAGGGGGGGUAGCUCCGAUCCCCGGAAGGUAAUCCGCGCGCGCCUACAGCAAACUGUAGCUAUAAGAAUUGUAGGGAAAUCAGCAUCGGGACCGUAUCAACACCAGCCCGAUAACGGUGCCACAUGAUCACCAUAUCUGGAACAGAAUCUGCAUCUUCUUCUUUUUUUUUUCGUUGUUCAAUUCAAUUUUUGCUCACUUACUGCUUCGCCGGUGAGUGAUAAAGAAGUAGGACGGCAAAACCAAGAGCUUCUCUUACGAACCUCUCUGUCUUAUGUUUAGCGUCUUUGCGGCGAUAGCAACACUGGUUGUUUUCUAAUGCUACAACAUAUUAGUGAGAAAUACAUUAAAAAUAGCAUUUUAAAAUACGACGUCGUGUUUGUGCAGGGCAUAUAUGGAUUACUGCAGGGGGUCGGAGUUACCGUAUUUUUGAAAAAUGCGUUCACUGUUCCACAACCAUCUUUCCCAAACCCUCCCACUUUUACUGGAUGCGCAUCCGGUAGCAGAAAUGCAACACACAAAAUAGUCAGUCGUGUUGCACAUGUGUAGGAUUAUUAUGAAGAAGAGGAGGAAAAGGAGAAGAAGAAGAAAAAAAACGACGAAAGAAGUGUGUAAUGCAUUUUAUGUAAACUUUUGUUUUUGUGCUGUGAGCUAACACUACAGGAGGGGCGAAUGAUUUAGACGAGGAGACACAAGGGCGUAGGAGCAAACAAAUUAAAUAAACAAAGGAAUUCGAAACAUGAUACGGUGCGGCCCCAUGGGAACAGCCUCUCUUACAUCUGUAGGCACGAGAUGGUGUCCCACGCUUCUCAAAAGACAGGUUCGAGUUUACAAAAAUUGAAGAAGAAGAAAAGUCUGCAGCUUUAACGAUAUUGCGAGGGCACACCAAAAAAAGCUUCCCGUCCCAGCACGAAGCAUUCAAUAAUUUGUGCUUUUUUUAAUUUAGCGUUAACCCUAAAAUCCGCAAUUCACUCCGUAUACAAGCAGGAAUAUUUUUUGUGCAAUGAACGGUCCACGCAGAUGAAGGCCAAAAGUAGUCUGUUUUCUUAAAUUUCGCUUUAAAAAUGCAUCUAAAAAUUUAGCUCGCCACCUUAUCCGGAAAGGGAAAGGAAAUAAUUGGGAGAACGCCCUCCCAACAUUGAGAAUAAUGUAAUUAAUUUGUUCAAAUUGCUCCAGCUUCCGCUCCGACAAAUGAUUGAGAUCAGUUUCAAGCCAACAGAAAAGCAAAGAGGUUGUUAUCAGGAUUAAAUCGAAUCUAAAUCUUAAAGGAAAAAUAGCAUAAAACCGUCUUGUAAUAGGGCUAUUACAGCAAGGCUUUCAGUAAUAAGACAACUAUACAGUAUUUCC